UUGGCAUGUAUCAAUUUCUUCCUUUUUUUUGUAUUAACCUUAUCUUUUCCAAACUCCUAAUAAUCAUUUGUAGGUUUUCUUGUACCCAUUAGCCGUUCCGUUUCUACGAGAAAUGGAAACCAACAAGGGUGAAAUUCGACGGCCGCUGUUGUUGUCGGAAACGGCGUCGAAUACGUUUUCCGACAACGUUAAUGGCCGCGGAGAUUACGAUGGUGAUGAGGAGGGAUAUGGGAACCUGAACGCGAGGAUCUGGAUCGAAACGAAAAAGCUGUGGCACAUAGUGGGCCCCUCCAUCUUCAGCCGCGUGGCGUCGUUCACCAUGAACGUCGUGACCCAAGCCUUCGCCGGGCAUCUCGGCGAGGUGGAGCUCGCCGCCAUCUCCAUUUCUAACACCGUCAUCGUCGGCCUCAAUUUCGGCCUCCUUUUAGGGAUGGCUAGUGCAUUGGAGACAUUAUGCGGGCAAGCAUUCGGCGCCAAAAAGCUUCACAUGCUAGGCAUAUACAUGCAAAGAUCAUGGAUCGUCCUAUUCCUCUGCUGUUUCCUCCUCCUACCUCUCUACGUCUUCGCCACGCCGAUCCUGAAGGCGCUGGGGCAGCCGGACGACGUGGCGGAGCAGUCGGGGAUGGUGUCGCUGUGGUUCAUCCCGCUGCACUUCAGCUUCGCGUUCCAGUUCCCGGUGCAGCGGUUCCUGCAGAGCCAGCUGAAGACGGCGGUUCUGGCCUGGGUGUCGCUGGCGGUGCUGAUUAUUCACACGGCGAUGAGUUGGUUGCUCGUUUAUGUUUUGGAGCUGGGGAUUGUGGGGGCGGCGGUGGCGCUGGAUAUUUCGUGGUGGCUGCUGUUCUUGGGGAUGUUUGGGUACACCGUGUGCGGCGGGUGCCCGGAGACGUGGAGUGGGUUCUCCAUGGAGGCGUUUUCCGGGCUUUGGGAGUUCUUCUCGCUCUCUUGCUCUUCCGGGGUCAUGCUUUGCUUGGAGAAUUGGUACUACAGGAUCCUAGUAUUGAUGACUGGCUACUUUGACGACAACGCCACCCUCGCAGUCGAUGCACUGUCCAUUUGCAUGAAUAUCAAUGGCUGGGAAAUGAUGAUACCCCUUGCUUUCUUUGCCGCUACCGGAGUGAGGGUGGCGAAUGAGCUAGGAGCAGGGAGAGGAAAAGCAGCAAAAUUUGCAACGUUUGUGUCUGUCACACAAUCCACCAUCAUCGGACUGCUGUUCUGUGUGCUGAUAAUGAUGUUUGAUGACAAGUUCGCCAUGAUCUUCACCUCCAGCGCUGACGUGCUCCUGAUGGUCAAAAAGAUCGCAUAUCUUCUGGCCUUCACAAUCCUUUUGAACAGUGUUCAGCCGGUUUUAUCAGGCGUGGCUGUCGGAUCAGGAUGGCAAGCCAAAGUAGCUUACAUUAAUCUAGGUUGCUAUUACCUUGUCGGAGUCCCCCUCGGAGUUGUCACAGGUUAUGUUUUCAAAACUGGUGUUGAGGGCAUAUGGGCUGGGAUGAUUUUUGGUGGAACGGCAGUGCAGACAAUAAUCCUCAUCAUUAUGACAAUUCGAUGCGACUGGGAAAAAGAGGCGGAGAAAGCAACUCAACGUGUCAAAAAAUGGUCAUCUCCAGCAAGUGAAUCACAUACAUAGUUGGUCCAUUUCAGCUUUAAUUUGAUGGGAACGAUGCAUGCCAAACCAAAUGGCUGAGCUUCAUGUUUUUGAAGGCAUACAUGCAUGCAUGCACCAGCCAUUUUCUUUUAGAGUUCUUGAUCAAUAUCAUUAUAUCAUCCUUCGUACAUUUUAGUAGACUGUUUACUCUUAAAUUAAUAUAUUUUCGAUGAAAAGUAAUUGACUUUGAGGGUGUUUGGUAAA